AUGUUGCCCCUCGCGGCCUACACAGUCUCGUCACCCGAGACUGCCGCCAACACGUUUCCCUCGCGCAAGAGAAGAGAAAGAGAGAAGGGAUUCGGGCAGCCCAUUCAAAAGGUACACAGAACCAUGCCGUCAGCAGCGGCAAGAAGGAUCUACGAAGAUCAAAUCCCCUCUUUCAUGUCAGUCUUCGAUCUUGACGCAGAGACAAUCGCCGCUCAAGAGACCGUCACCCUCGUCGACCCCAAAUUGAUCGAUAUGGAGGCCACCGGAAAGCCCUUGGCCAGCCCGGUCCAGUCCUUGCGACCGACCAUGGACCACUCUCACAAGCACCACGAUAGCACCUCUACUCAGGCGUCCGAGUCUGCCGAGUCUUCGCCCACAACGACGCUCUCAACAAGUGACUGCUCCCCGCUGUCGGACCCGUCCCCUUCAUCAUCCCCCGAUUCUCCCGUCAACUUGAUACCCCUAAACUCUUUCCCGGCCACGUCCUUUGGCGGCCUUGGUCCAUUGUCUUCAAUGAACACCAUGUCCGCAGCAGAAACCACUAGCUUCGGCCGUCCGAUGACGUCUCCUUCGCCGCGUCGUCCUAAGAACAUGAAGGGCCUGUCAAUUCAGCCGCCUUUCAUGGGAAAUAGUGCCUCAACACUGGUUUCCGAGCCCGCAUCGCCCUCUUUCAUCAAGCCGACCAUUCCAGCAAUGAAGCGCAAGCCUAGUCAGCUCAGCCUCAAGACCCAAACGUCAGAUCUGGUCAUGCGAAAUACCCUAGAGGUCCCCGGCACCCCUGGUAUGGCACCCAUUUUGCAGAGACGAGCCCUCAAGCACUCGACCUCGUCACCUCACAUGCUGCCCUCGCUGAAGUCUGCGACUUUUGGCCCUCCGGGUGGAAUGACUUUCCCCAAGGUUUUGGAAAGAAACGAGUCGGGUCUUUCGGAGUUUUUGAGGCCGACAAAGACUGGUAUGGGCCAGUCGUUCGACACGACAAUCGUUGAGGAGGAUUCGCCCAUUAGGACUCAGCUCGCGAGCCGCGCCGCCCUCGAUUUCGAACCUUACCACGAGAACGAGAACAAUGAGGACCAGAAGACGCCGGGUUAUCCGGAUGGCCCCAUUGCAAUUUACGAAGACAAUGUCUAUCUGUACUUGGAGCCGACCGCCGACGAAGCCUCCAAAUUUGACACCGUCAUCAAUGUCGCGCGGGAAGUUAACAACCCCUUCAACUUCUUGCCCAAGUCAGACGAGGUCAUGUCAGACUCUCCAGCCGUCCUCAGCCCCAUUCCCGACACGGCUGUGUCAAACGCUAGCUUUUCUACCGCCUUCGAGUUCCCAACCAACGACAAACCGGAAACACCGACAACGCCCAAGGCCAUGUCAUUCUCUAUCAAGCGCCCAGAGUACAUCCACAUGCCCUGGGACCACAAUACGGAUAUUGCGCAGGAUCUGAUGCACCUCUGCGAGACCAUUGAGACACGGACGAAGGAGGGUAAGAAGGUGCUCGUCCACUGCCAGCAAGGCGCAAGUCGAUCCGCCAGUCUCAUUAUUGCUUACGGCUUGUACCGCAACCCCGAGCUCAGCGUCAACGACGCUUACUACGCCGCCCAGGAGAAGAGCAAGUGGAUCAGCCCCAACAUGAAGCUCAUGUACUGCUUGCAGGAUUUCCAGAAGCAGAUGUCGAAGAAGAAGACCUCGCCUGGAUCAGCCUUCCGCCCUCGCACUGGACGAAGCCCUACGAAGCACCGCCUGACACUCUCUGCAGAUGCGGCUAUUGACAUUGCACCCAAAGAGCCUUUGACCGCUCCUCUGCCUGGAGAGAAGGAAGGAAGCUCUGGAACCUCGAGCCCGAAGAAGGGCAGCCCUACCCGUGCCAGAGGCCUUUCAACACCCGGCAGUCAGCCAAUCUCACCUGGUCCGUCUUCAGCGCCAUCAAGCUUCUCCUGGUCAGAAAAGGAGAACGACAAUUCUGCCAAGUUUGGGAACUUUGACGUUGAUCGCUUGAUGCCUUUCAAGCCUACGCCGCCAGUUUCGGGCCUUGCACCACCAUCGUCAUCAUCGUUCUUUGCCAAGCCGCCGCCGUCGCCUGGCCCGCCCCCUUCUCCCGGAUUUGGAGCUCACCGAUUCGGUCCUGCCGCUGGCUUUGGAUUUUCUAGUCUGAACCUUGGCCCAUCACUGGAACGCGAAGAGGAGGCUACGGCUCCCAAAGAUAGACACUUCAUGGUUGGCGCAGUUCCUGACGACGCGGCUCUCCUGUCACCCCGGGCCGAGACGAUGACGAAGAACCCGCUGCACGAUUCCCAUCACGGAUUUCCAGGCAUGCAAUUUGUCGAGGUUCCGCCAACUCCAAGCGAAGGCCUGUUCUCGCCUAGAGAAACAAUGUUCACCAGGGAUCCUUUCUACCCCUUCGGACGACCCACCCAGGUUGCCGACCCGCGCAGUCCGCCUACAAAAGGUGAAACGCCAAUUGUGAGGUCUAUUGAUGAGCUGCUAUGA